AUGGCCAUCAAGACCGCCUUUCUGGCCGCCAGUCUCGUGCUGCAGUCCGCCCGGGCCAUCGACGUUGAGGGACUGCUUGCUGCUCCUCGCCGAAGCAAUGGCAUUCUCAGCCCCAAAGGCGACCGAGCACUCUUCUCGGAGACCAAGUUCAACUGGACCACUGAAAAGGCCAGCACAGCUUGGUACUUCCUCGAUACCGAGACUGGAGAUGUUAAGAAGGCUCCAUUUGGAAGCGCUGCUUCCGAAGUCGUCUGGGUUGGCGAUACUGACGACAGCAUCCUCUACAUCAACUCAACCAACGAGCAGAUCCCUGGAGGCGUGACACUUUACACCGCCGAUCUCAGCAAAGACAGCUUUGAGCCCACCCUGGUUGCAUCUCUGCACGCUCCGCUAUCCGGCCUCAAGGCUGUAAAGACAGACUCCGGAAUCAACUUCGUCGGCAACUGCCUUGCUUACGAACACAACGGAUCUGCAUACAACCCAGAGCUUGUCACCGCGCCCAAAACUUCUGGCCAACUGUACGAUGCCAACUUUGUGCGCCACUGGAACUACUACAUUACAGCUGAACGCGUUUCGGUCUUCAGCGGUGUCUUGAGCAAUCUCAAUGGCACGUAUUCGUAUGAUGGAAAGCUCACCAAUUUGCUCUUGGGCAUCAACUACACAAUCACCCGUCCGGAAAGCCCUGUUCAAGCCUCUUCGAGCGAUGCUGGCGACUAUGACCUCUCUCCCAACGGUAAGCUGGUAGCAUUCCGUACCAAGUCCCCGGACCUUCCCAAGGCAAACUACACCGCUAGCUACAUUUAUGUUGUUCCCUUUGAUGGCUCCGAGAUUGCAGUCCCUGUCAACGGCCCAGGCACUACUGCUCCUGAAACAGCUCAAGGUGCAUCUGGUGCCCCUGUAUGGUCACAUGACAGUAGUAAGCUGGCAUACACCCAACAAGAUGGAAUCGACUACGAAUCCGACAAGUACAAGCUGUACGUAGCAGAAAUUGACGGCACCAAUAGUAAAGUCCGCUCGGUCGCCGAGGACUGGGAUUCCAGCCCUACAGGUCUCAAGUGGAGCCAUGAUGAUGCUGAUCUAUGGGUCACGUCGGAGCUGCAUGCCUCUGUCCGCCUGUGGCUGGUGCCCCAAGAUGCUCCGGCUGACUUUAAGCCAACCAACUUCACUGGCCCUGAUACUUCGAUUGCUGGAUUUGGCAUUCUUCCCGAUGGAAGUGCCUUGGUAUCGGCAUCAGCCAGUUGGACUAGCCGUAUCUGGUACAAGCAACACCCCGGCCAGGACAAGGAGGUUCUUUUCACCGCCAAUGAGGUCGACCCUGAACUCGAGGGCCUGAAACCUGACUCCGUGUCAAACUUCUGGAUCACAAACGAAGAUGGCGACGACAUUCAGACGUUUGUUUUCUAUCCUACCGAUUUCGAUCCUUCCAAGAAGUACCCACUUGCUUUCAUCAUCCAUGGCGGUCCACAGUCUACUCAGGGUGACACCUGGAGUACACGUUGGAACUUGAGGACGUGGGCCGAUCAAGGCUUCAUCGUGACCACCACUCAGUUCACCGGAUCGCCAUCUUAUAGCCAAGCCUUCACUGACAAGAUCCAAGCAAACUGGGGUGGUAGCCCCUACAGAGAUCUCGUUCAAGUCUUCGAGCACCUCCGCGACAACGUCGACUACGUCGACACUGACCGCGCCAUUGCCGCCGGCGCCUCCUUUGGCUGCUACAUGAUCAACUGGAUCCAAGGCCACGCCCUCGGCCGCGAAUUCAAAGCCCUCGUCUGCCAUGACGGCAAGAUCAACCAAGUCGCCUCGUACGGCACUGACGAACUCUGGUUCAUCCAGCGCGACAACAACGGUACCGUCUGGGAAAACCGCGAAAACUACGAGAAGUGGGAGCCCCUUGCUCACUUUGCCAAUGCUAGCACCCCUGAAUUCGUUAUCCACAACGACCUUGAUUACCGUGUCCUCCAGGGUGAGGGUCUUCAGACUUUUAAUAUCCUCCAGAGUCUGGGUGUGCCCUCGCGCUUUUUGCAUUUCCCGGACGAGGGUCACUGGGUUACCAACAGGCAUAACAGUUUGCUGUGGCACAAGUCGAUUUUCAACUGGAUUCGGUACUGGACUGGGCUUGAUGAGGAGUUGUCUACCGAUGGAGUGAUUACGCAGUAA